UUCAAUUUCAAUUGGCAUUCAAUUUCAAUUAGCUUGGCUGCCUGCCCCUGGGGAAAUCCAGCUAAGUUGGAUCCAGUUGUGGAGUCACUGCCGCCAUGAGAGGUCUACUUCUGGUUCUGAUGCUCUGCAUUUUCGCCAUUCUGACGGCCCGGGCUCUAAACUGCCAGCCGUGUAAGUUACUGGAAGCCCGCAAGACACAUGCAAAUGAAACGAGUACCCAGCAGAUGUGAGAAAAAG